AGAGGGGCGGCUUGAGAGGCUUCAAGGUGGGACGGUCGCCUUUGGAGUGGGUAUCCCGGAUCCUGACCGAAGCUCUUGAGCUAAGGAGUUAUGGAGGAGUACGCACGUGAGCCCUGCCCCUGGAGGAUUGUGGACGACUGCGGUGGAGCCUUCACCAUGGGAGUCAUCGGAGGAGGCGUUUUCCAGGCUAUCAAGGGCUUCCGAAAUGCCCCAGUAGGCAUCAGGCACCGCUUCCGGGGGAGUGUCAGUGCAGUGAGAAUCCGGGCCCCUCAGAUUGGAGGUAGCUUUGCUGUCUGGGGUGGCCUGUUUUCUACCAUUGAUUGUGGGCUCGUCCGACUCCGAGGGAAGGAGGACCCGUGGAAUUCCAUCACUAGUGGGGCCCUCACGGGUGCUGUGCUGGCAGCUCGCAGUGGACCUCUGGCCAUGGUUGGAUCAGCCAUGAUGGGAGGGAUCCUGCUGGCCCUGAUCGAAGGUGUGGGCAUCCUCCUCACCCGCUACACAGCUCAGCAGUUCCGGAACACACCCCCCUUCAUAGAAGAUCCUGGACAGCUGCCCCCCAAGGAAGGUUCUGCCCCGCCCCCCAGUUACCCAGGCUACGGACAGUACCAGUGAAGCCACCAGGCCGUGGGGGGCGGGAGAGGGAGAACAUGGGGAGAACAGGGGGACACUUGAAUCCUUGAGUGUUGGGGGCAAUGAACUGGACUCCGACUCUUUUUCACUACCUCUCUGAGCUGGUGCUUCAGGGCAGGGGAGCCCUCAAUGUCCCCUCCUGGCUUUGCUCCAGAGAGUGGGGCUGGCUAGGCAGGGGUUCACAUCAUCUCAGGGAGUGUGAAUGCCAUUCCUAGAGAUGAGGGUUGGAUUGGAGGGCCAGAUUGACUAUUCAGUGCUGCCACAGAGGGGGCCCCUUCUACUUUCCCAAGAAAUGAAUUCAUUGAGACCAAGUCAUUGUUGGCUCCCAGCUCAUAUAUAGCCCCCCCCCGCCGCCUCCAAUUCCACAGACCCCUACCCCCACAAAGAAAAAAAAAAUCUGGUCUUUUCUCCUUUCCAAUUUUUCUUCAUCAUAUUUCUCCCUCUUUAUUUAAAGCUGGUUCUGAAACCUA